AUGGAAGAUGAAGAGGUAAAUCUAAUGGAGAACAAGGAAGAUGAUGUAGAGCAAUCUUUGUUUCUUGCACUUAAGGAGGACUCUAUUAGAAAAGCAAACACAUGGUACCUUGAUAAUAGAGCUAGCAAUCAUAUGACGUGUGACAAAAGUAAAUCUGUGGAGCUUGAUACAAACAAGAAAGGUUUUGUAAGCUUUGGAGACAACACAAAGUUGAAGAUUGAAGGCAACGGUACAAUUCUUCUUGAAACAAAGAAUGGUGGUCAUAAAGAUGUUCUUAUUGGACUUGAAGAAUUGUGGACUUAUGUGCUUGAAGAAUUAUAUCCAGGAUCCAUCAUGGAUUUGGUAUAUGAGCAAAAAUCUGAGGUAUUUGAUACAUUCACAAAGUUCAAAGCUUUUGUUGAAAAAGUAAGUAGAUAUCAAAUUCAAGCAUUAAGAACUGAUAGGGAUGGUGAAUUUACAUAUAAUGAAUUUAACAACUUUUGUGAGUUGCAUGGAAUUCGUCGUCUUUUGACAGUUCCAAGAUCACCCCAGCAAAAUAGAAUUGCUGAAAGGAAGAACAUGACAAUACUUAAUAUGACAAUGAAUGAUGAACCUUUGAGCUUUGAAGAAGCAAAAGAGGAUGAGAAAUGGAGAGGAGCCAUGGAAGAAGAAAUGCAAGCAUUGUGA